GAUGCAGGAAGUCAACAAAUAGGCUUUUUGCUUGGAAGCUGUGGAGUUACUGUGGCCUUGACUAGUGACGCAUGCCAUAAAGGACUGCCUAAGAGCCCCACCGGCGAGAUACCACAGUUUAAAGGCUGGCCAAAGCUGCUGUGGUUUGUCACAGAGUCUAAACACCUCUCCAAGCCACCUCGUGACUGGUUCCCACACAUCAAGGAUGCAAACAAUGACACAGCUUACAUUGAGUACAAAACAUGUAAAGAUGGAAGUGUGCUUGGGGUGACUGUGACAAGGAUUGCACUGCUGACACACUGCCAAGCUCUGACCCAGGCAUGUGGAUACACAGAAGCUGAAACAAUUGUGAAUGUAUUAGAUUUCAAGAAGGAUGUUGGUUUAUGGCAUGGGAUUCUUACAAGUGUCAUGAACAUGAUGCAUGUUAUAAGUAUCCCAUACUCGUUAAUGAAAGUGAAUCCACUGUCAUGGAUACAAAAAGUCUGUCAAUACAAAGCAAAAGUUGCCUGUGUAAAAUCCAGAGACAUGCACUGGGCGUUGGUGGCACAUCGAGAUCAGAGAGACAUCAACCUUUCCUCGCUGCGUAUGCUAAUAGUGGCUGACGGUGCAAACCCAUGGUCUAUUUCUUCCUGUGAUGCAUUUCUCAAUGUCUUCCAAAGCAAAGGUCUAAGACAGGAGGUCAUUUGUCCCUGCGCUAGUUCACCAGAAGCUCUCACUGUGGCUAUUCGAAGGCCAACAGACGACAGCAAUCAGCCACCGGGCAGAGGAGUUCUGUCCAUGCAUGGGCUCACUUACGGAGUGAUUCGUGUGGACUCUGAAGAAAAGCUUUCUGUUCUGACUGUCCAGGAUGUUGGCUUAGUGAUGCCAGGAGCUAUAAUGUGUUCAGUGAAGCCAGAUGGAGUUCCUCAGCUCUGUAAAACAGAUGAAAUAGGAGAGCUUUGUGUAUGUGCUAUUGCAACGGGUACAUCAUACUAUGGACUCUCGGGCAUGACCAAAAAUACUUUUGAGGUGUUUCCUAUGACCAGUUCUGGUGGCCCUAUCACUGAAUAUCCUUUUAUAAGGACUGGACUACUAGGUUUUAUAGGACCGGGCGGACUUGUCUUUGUUAUUGGCAAGAUGGAUGGUUUGAUGGUUGUCAGUGGAAGAAGACAUAAUGCUGAUGACAUUGUAGCGACAGCACUGGCUGUGGAACCAAUGAAAUUUGUCUACAGGGGAAGAAUAGCAGUGUUUUCAGUGAGCGUGCUGCAUGAUGAAAGGAUAGUGAUUGUUGCUGAGCAAAGGCCAGAUUCCACAGAGGAAGACAGUUUUCAAUGGAUGAGUAGAGUUCUCCAGGCUAUUGAUAGUAUUCAUCAAGUGGGAGUCUACUGUUUAGCUCUCGUACCAGCAAACACGCUUCCCAAGACACCGCUGGGAGGAAUACACCUGUCAGAAACCAAACAGCUCUUCUUGGAAGGAUCCUUGCAUCCUUGUAACGUGCUGAUGUGUCCCCACACAUGUGUGACAAACCUGCCUAAACCAAGGCAAAAACAACCAGAAAUUGGCCCUGCCUCUGUGAUGGUGGGGAACUUGGUCUCUGGAAAAAGAAUUGCACAGGCCAGUGGUAGAGAUUUGGGGCAAAUAGAAGAUAACGACCAAGCCAGAAAGUUCCUCUUCCUCUCGGAAGUGUUGCAGUGGAGAGCUCAGACAACUCCUGACCAUGUGCUUUACACUCUACUUAACUGCAGGGGAACAAUAGCCAACUCGCUAACAUGUGUCCAGCUGCAUAAACGCGCUGAGAAGAUAGCUGUCAUGCUGAUGGAAAGGGGACAUUUACAAGACGGAGACCACGUGGCUUUGGUUUACCCGCCAGGAAUAGACCUGAUUGCCGCAUUUUACGGAUGCCUGUAUGCAGGCUGUGUGCCAAUAACAGUUCGACCUCCACAUCCCCAGAACAUAGCUACCACGUUACCUACAGUGAAGAUGAUUGUGGAGGUGAGCCGCUCUGCCUGCUUAAUGACUACACAAUUAAUAUGUAAAUUGUUACGGUCACGAGAGGCGGCAGCAGCAGUGGAUGUCAGAACGUGGCCUCCGGUACUAGAUACAGACGAUUUGCCAAAGAAGCGACCUGCACAGAUCUACAAACCUUCUAACCCUGAAACGCUUGCUUACCUUGACUUCAGUGUCUCCACAACUGGCAUGCUAGCAGGGGUAAAGAUGUCUCAUGCAGCCACUAGUGCCUUUUGUCGUUCUAUUAAGCUGCAGUGUGAGCUUUAUCCCUCCAGAGAAGUCGCGAUCUGCUUGGACCCCUACUGUGGACUUGGGUUUGUCCUCUGGUGCCUCUGCAGCGUGUAUUCAGGACACCAGUCUAUUCUGAUUCCUCCCUCAGAACUGGAGACCAAUCCUGCCCUGUGGCUUCUUGCUGUGAGUCAGUACAAAGUGAGAGACACUUUUUGUUCCUAUUCGGUCAUGGAGCUUUGUACUAAGGGACUCGGUUCGCAAACAGAGUCACUGAAGGCAAGGGGACUGGACCUUUCACGUGUACGGACAUGUGUAGUAGUGGCUGAAGAACGACCUCGGAUAGCUCUUACUCAGUCAUUUUCAAAAUUAUUUAAAGACCUUGGUCUCCAUCCACGGGCCGUCAGCACAUCACUUGGCUGUAGAGUGAACCUGGCAAUAUGUUUGCAGGGAACAUCUGGACCAGAUCCCACCACAGUGUAUGUUGAUAUGAGGGCACUGAGGCAUGACAGAGUUCGUUUAGUUGAAAGAGGAUCUCCACAUAGUUUGCCCCUCAUGGAGUCAGGAAAAAUCCUCCCAGGAGUACGUAUCAUUAUUGCUAAUCCAGAAACAAAGGGACCUUUAGGAGAUUCUCAUCUUGGUGAGAUAUGGGUUCACAGCACUCACAAUGCCAGUGGGUAUUUUACCAUCUACGGAGAUGAAUCUUUGCAGUCGGAUCAUUUUAACUCACGACUCAGCUUUGGAGACACACAGACUAUUUGGGCUCGAACUGGCUAUCUGGGGUUCCUGAGAAGAACAGAACUCACAGAUGCAAAUGGAGAACGCCAUGAUGCACUUUAUGUUGUGGGUGCAUUAGAUGAAGCCAUGGAGUUACGAGGGAUGAGAUACCAUCCGAUCGAUAUUGAAACCUCUGUAAUUAGAGCACACAAGAGCAUCACAGAAUGUGCGGUGUUCACCUGGACAAAUUUAUUGGUCGUUGUAGUUGAGCUGGAUGGAUCGGAGCAAGAAGCUUUGGACCUGGUUCCUUUGGUCACCAACGUGGUCCUGGAGGAACACUACCUGAUUGUAGGGGUGGUGGUGGUUGUGGACAUUGGUGUAAUUCCUAUCAACUCCCGUGGAGAGAAACAACGUAUGCACCUACGAGAUGGAUUUUUGGCAGACCAGCUAGACCCCAUCUAUGUGGCCUACAACAUGUAGUCUUGUACCUUAAAGCUUCCAUGGACUUUACUAUAGAUGUAUAAAAUUUUUUGGUGUCCA